CGCGCGCACGUCCGGAACCAGGCACUCCCGCCGCGCCCCAUCCGCCUCCCGGGCCGCGCCCCGCCACUCCCAGGGCCUGGCACCAGGCCUCCAGGAUCAUGUGGUACGUCAGUACUCGGGGGAUGGCCCCACGGGUUGACUUUGAAGGGGCCCUUUUCUCUGGCUAUGCUCCGGAUGGGGGCCUCUACAUGCCCGAGAAGCUGCCUCAGCUGGACAGAGACACCCUGCGUCAGUGGAGUGUGGUCUCCUACCCCAGCCUGGUGAAGGAGCUGUGUAGCCUCUUCAUUGGCCCCGAAAUCAUUCCAAGAGAUGACUUAAAUGAUCUGAUCGACCGAGCCUUCAGCAGAUUCCGACACAAAGAGGUGGUCCAUCUAUCCAGACUGAGGAAUGGGCUGAACGUGCUGGAGCUGUGGCAUGGGGUCACCUACGCGUUUAAGGACCUGUCCCUGUGCUGCGCAGCACAGUUCCUGCAGUACUUCCUGGAGAAGAGGAAGAAACACAUCACCGUGGUUGUAGGAACUUCUGGGGACACAGGGAGUGCUGCUAUCGAGAGUGUUCAGGGGGCAGAGAACGUGGACAUCAUUGUUCUGCUGCCCAAAGGUCGCUGCACAAAGAUUCAGGAGCUCCAGAUGACGACAGUGCUGAGAGAGAAUGUCCACGUGUUUGGAGUGGAGGGGAACAGCGAUGAGCUGGACGAGCCCAUCAAGGCCGUGUUUGCCGACGUGGCCUUUGUCAAGGAGCACAGUCUGAUGAGUCUGAAUUCCAUCAACUGGUCCCGGGUCCUCGUGCAAAUGGCCCACCACUUCUUCGCUUAUUUCCGGUGUGCACCAACCUUAGACUUGCACCCACUGCCCCCCGUGGAGGUGGUUGUACCAUCGGGGGGUGCCGGUAGCCUCGCAGCUGGCUUCAUCGCUCAGAAGAUGGGCCUGCCCAUCCACCUGGUCGUGGCAGUGAACUCCAAUGACAUCAUCCACAGGGCCGUCCAGCGGGGAGACUUCUCUCUGUCUGAGGCCGUCAAACCAACCUUGGCAUCAGCUAUGGACAUUCAGGUGCCGUACAACAUGGAGAGGAUCUUCUGGCUGCUCUCUGGCUCUGACAGCCAGGUGACGAGAGCCCUCAUGGAGCAGUUUGAAAGGACCCGAGGUGUGAGUCUGCCCAAGGAAUUGCACAGCAAGCUUUCAGAGGCAGUAAUUUCUCAGUCAGUGUCAGACGAGGCCAUCACCCAGACCAUGGGCCGCUGCUGGGAAGAGAACCAGUACUUGCUGUGCCCUCACUCGGCCGUGGCUGUGAGCUACCAUUACCAGCAGGUGGACAGGAGGCAGCCCAGCCCUCCCCGCUGUUGUCUGGCUCCCGCCUCUGCAGCCAAGUUCCCGGAGGCCGUGCUGGCUGCCGGGCUGACCCCGGAGACUCCCGCGGAGAUCCUCGCCCUGGAGCACAAGGAGGCGCGCUGUACCCCGAUGCGGAAGGGUGACGACUGGACGCAGAUGCUUCGGGGCCUGAUUGAGGACCUGAGCCGGCAGCGGCAGGGGCGCUUCCGGAACGCGCCCGCAUAGCCAGGCUUCCUUUAGGCUUCGGACCCUGGGAGGCGUCCUCUCUGAGCUGCCUGGUGCACCUUCUCUCCAUGCUUCGGACCCUGGGAGGUGUCCCCUCUGAGCUGCCUGGUGCACUUUCUCCCAUGCAGGUGCAGGAGUUUCUCAGGGGGCUGCCCAGCUGGAUCUGGAGCCAGCGGGCUGUGCGCUGUUCCCUGGCUGCUCUGUGCUCUCACCGUGGCUGGCUGGCCGUGUUGGGCCUGGUCACCGGGGAGGCGGGGAGGGAGUCGUGGAUGAUUGCUGGGGGUGCACCCCCAGGGCCAGACAGUGCAGGAACAUCACUGCUUCCUGUGAAACUUUCAGGGCCUGCAAAUGAAAGGUCUGGGGCUCAGGGGCAACCUUGGCUCCAAGAUUUUGGACCCCCAGAUCCUAAAACCUGUGCAGGUGGGGCCCGCUUCUUCCAUUACCGCAGGUCUGGCUCUGAGCCUUAGUUUAUCUGGUCCCCAGGUCAGAUCCAGACGUCUUGGCCACAGGGCUUCCACCCUGUCAAACGUAGGGAAUCCCUGGAAUAAAAGUGCAGGUUCAGUGCGAUGGUGACUCUGCGUGCCCUGUGGGCAGAGCCCGGUGCCUGUCAGGUGGUGAUGGUGGGACCAUGGUGUCCCUCAUCCAUCUGCUGCCCCAGGUUGCCAGCAGGGCAGGUGGCACAGGAGCUGGGGUUCAGGAUCACCAGAUCCAGGCCAUGUAGGAAAGCAGGAGCCUCAAACUAGGUCAAGUUGCCCUGUUGCUCAUGUACCAGGUUCACCAUCAUUAAAGCAAGUCAUGAUCAUAGCAGCGAGAAGCAAUGAUCCCUCUUUAAACACUAAAUAAAGUCCAAAUGCCUACAUUUCCACAGGUACCUCCAUAAUCACGCUGCUUCAGAGAAGUCAAGUUGUUCUUUCCACUGAAGACACGACUGACGCUCUCCCCUCUCCAUGCCUUUGACCCUACACUUGCCUCUGGGAGACUGUCCUUCUUUGAUGAACCCACAAGUCCCAUCUCACAGGCUAUUUGUCUUGGUUCCUGGUACUUGUUUACCGUGUCUUGUUGACUCGUCAGCGCAGCUGGAAAUAAGGACUCCUGUUUCCUAACUCUGGCAGAACUCCAGCUGUAGCUUCCUUAAGCUGUGUAUUCCCUUCUGCCCUGUUUUAUGGUUAUCCACUUGAGACAUUAUCUUCCUGUCUCUAAGCUCCUUGAAGAUAGGAACAAUUGUUUAACGCAAGUGCUAAAACUUUUUGGAUUUGCCCCUAUUGAUUAAAAAUCUUUUAAUAUGUUCUCCCAACAUAUGUGGACUAAAUUAUGUAUAAACUACACAAACCGUGAGCUAAAAUAGACAUGAAGGAAUAAUAACAACACCUAUAUUUAUCUUUUCUCCCCAUUCUCCAAUGGAUUGCCCAUGGGCCUGUCUUUGGCAGUCCUGGUUGAACACAGUGCCUGUUACAUUCCAGAACCAGCAGGAACCAGGGGCACAUCUGCCAGAUACUGUGCAAUGACUCUCAAAGUGUGGUCCCUGGGUUUAUCCAAAAUACACUCUCCUGGCCCCUACCCCAGACCUUCAAAGGCAAAUCUGUGGGCGUGCGUGCGCCAUCUUCAGUCCUUACAAAUGCCCCAAGUAAGUUUCGACCCUCUCACUCGGGAAACCUUGGCCAGAGGCUUUAAGUGUAUAAAUAAUUCUCUUCCACAGGGAGAUAGGCCUUUUCACAAGGGCGUGCUUUCUUCCUGCUACUGUUUUCAUGAUCUAGCCUGCACUGUCCAGUUCAGGAGCCACUAACCAUAUGUGACUGUGGAGCCCUUGCAAUGUCAAUAGUCUGACUGAGGAACUGAAUUUUAAAUUUUAUUUAAGUUUAACUUACAUUUAAAUUUCAAAACUAUUACUUGAUUCAGUCAUUGGAAAGUUUUUAGGUAUGAUUGGAAAAUGCAGAUAUGUGAAUCUGCUUUUUCAGCUGUGAAAUUUAUGAAGUACAUAAAAUACAGAUAAGUAUUUCCAAUGAAAAUUCAAUGUUCUGAUUGACAUGUGUCACAAAUGUAAACUGCAUAUUGGAUUUCAAAGGCUUCCAAUGAAAAAAAUUUAAACUAUCUCAUUAAUAAUUUUAUACAGAUGACCUGUUGAAAGGAUGAUAUU